AUGCCGGGGAUGCUUGGUAGCAUCGAUUGUACACAUGUCGAGUGGUUAAAUUGUCCAAGACACUUGAAAGGACAAUAUACGAGAGGCGACCAUGGCGUUCCCACUACUAUGCUUGAGAUAACCGCUUCUCAAGACUUGUGGAUUUGGCAUGCUUAUUUUGGUGCUCCUGGUUCAAACAACGACAUCAACGUGUUGAACCAAUCCGACUUAUAUAAUACGGAGCGAAAUGGCACGACCCCGGAUAGUUCAUUCGUCGUUAAUGGUCGACAGUACAAACACGGAGAAAAGAUUCAAGAAAUUACAAGGGGGGAGAGGAAAGAUGUGGAGCGUGCUUUUGGGGUUCUAAAAGGAAAAUGGAAGAUUCUUAGACGUCCUCUCCGACCACUGAUCAAAGAGAAGAUUGGUCAGUAUGUUUACGCGGCGUGUAUUUUGCAUAACAUGGUGAUAAAAGGUGAUGGUCGAGCUAUCUCGCCGGUUCACAUCAUGGACAAACCGGUCCAACCGGUGUGGGACGAUACCUUUUACGCGGAGUUGCUAAACGAAGACAUCCAUCAUCGUCUUCGUUAUGACCUCACUGAACACGUGUGGGCUCAAGACUUGGGACAUCUCGACGACUAG